GCUGUGCUCAGUCAGCUUCAACUCUUCAAUCGCAAUGUAUAGAAUCAGAAUUAGAUUGUUGAUUUUUGCUUCGUGUUUGGCAUCAACACUUGCAGUUGCCGUAGUUGAAUACACUGCGGAUGACUUUUGCACCAGACUCGAUUUCAAGCCAGGAUAUUGUGUGCCUAUAAACAAUUGCACGCUGGUUAAAAACAUUACUGCAAGAAAAUCGGAAGCAACAUCGGAACUUUCAGCUGAUGAAGAAUUGUACAUCAGAAAUUCUGAAUGCCCUGUUCACAAAAAUGGGUUUGUGUGCUGUGAAGAUGCAGAAGAAGUGGCAAAAGGCGUUGAUGAUCUGAACCCAGACGAGUGCGGAGAAUUUGGAACAUCGAAAACAAUUGGAGGCAGAGAAAUUGCAUUGAUGUCUAGACCGUGGAUGACUCUGCUUUACAUUCGAGACGAGUUGGAUAACGAGGACUUCACAUGUGGCGGAACUCUAAUAAACAAACGCUAUGUAUUAACCGCUGCUCAUUGUUUCACUAGAAAAACGCUAUUGUACGUGCGUCUUGGAGAACACAAAAUAUCCCAGGGAAGAGAUUGUACCCGAAAGAGGGGACUGGAAACGUGUGCGCCGCCAGUUGAGGAUGUGGAAGCGGAUCGAGUUUAUAUCCAUGAAAAUUACUCAUCUAUCACUGGCCACAAUGAUAUUGCUCUAAUCAAACUCUCACGAGAUGUUGAAUUAAAAGAGAGCAUUGGACCCAUUUGUUUGCCUGUGAACGAGACUAUUCGACAGAGUGUGAGCUCAAUGGAACUAUUCCAUGUGACGGGUUGGGGUAAAACCGAAGUCCGAUUUGCCUCCGAUGUUCCACUAGAAACCAUUGUUCGCGCCAAGGAUAUCGAUAACUGCCAGAAAUCUUAUCGAAGGCAAAUCAUCCCAGCUCAACUGUGCGCCGGUGGCCUUGGAAGGGAUGCAUGCAAUGGGGACUCCGGUGGUCCAUUGGCAUAUGUGAAGUAUUUGGAUGGCCGACAACGUUUCGUUCAGUUCGGAAUUGUCAGCUUUGGAUCAUCAAAUUGCGGUGAUGGCAAUCCAGGUGUUUACACAAAUGUCGGUAGCUACAUUCGCUGGAUCGCCUACAAAAUUGCCACAAAAUGAAUUAAAUUGAAUAAGUUUAAAUGUACAAAUUAAUGAAGAAGUGCAUUUAAGGUAAUUUACAAUAACUUCAAAACUUUUUACUGUUCCUUGCAUUAUUAUAUAUUAUAAUAAAACAUUGAAAUUUGCAAUUUCUUUUACACCAA